CGUAACCUGGCAUUGCUAAAUCAAAAUCGAUUACAGAUAUAACGAAGAGGAGGAGAGUAGAGCCGCAGGGUCCUAUAGGUGCUGCAAAGUGCAGAUAGCAGCGGGGAACCACCGGAAAUUGAAGUCACUGCUUGAGAUUCAAGCAACUUCGUAUAUCUGUGUUCAAUUCUUGUUUCAAUGGCGAAUGAAAACGGUGUUUCUGCAAUGGAAAUUGAAGAGCAGAAUCCAAAUCACGCUGAUCAGAUCAACAAACCCAAGUUCUCUAUCAAUGUGUUGCAGUUGUUGAAAUCCGCUCAAAUGCAGCACGGGUUGCGUUUUGGUGACUACACUAGAUACCGGAGGUAUUGCACUGCUCGAUUGAGGCGAUUGUACAAAUCACUGAAGUUCACCCAUGGACGUGGGAAAUAUACCAAACGUGCAAUUACAGCAGCUGUAGUCACCGAAGUGAGGUUUCUUCACUUGGUUCUUUAUACUGCUGAGAGAGCGUGGAGUCAUGCAAUGGAAAAGAAAACUUUGCCUGAUGGUCCAAAUGCACGACAACGGAGCUACCUCAUUGGCAGGUUGAGAAAAGCAGUUAAAUGGGCUAUCCUCUUCCAGGAAUUGUGUGCCAUCAAGGGAGACUCAAAGACAUCUUUGGAAGCAGAAGCGUAUGCAGCAUAUAUGAAAGGGAAUCUCUUGUUUGAACAAGAUAAAAACUGGGACGUUGCACUUAAAUGCUUUCGAAGUGCCAGGGCUGUUUAUGAGCAACUUGGGAAAUAUGGAGAUUUAGAGAAUCAAGUUUUAUGCCGUGAAUAUGUGGAGCAACUAGAACCAAGUAUACGCUAUUGUUUACACAAGAUUGGCGAGUCAAAUCUGCAGACUUCUGAACUUGUACACAUAGGUGAAAUGGAAGGGCCUGCCCUCGACCUUUUCAAAGCAAAGUUAGAGGCUGCUAUGGCUGAGGCUAGAUCUCAGCAGGCUGCAUCCAUGACAGAAUUCAAUUGGCUUGGUCAUAGGUUUCCAAUUUCAAAUGCAAAAACUAGAGUUUCUAUAUUAAAAGCUCAGGAAUUAGAGAGAGAUAUUCAUGGUCCAGCAGGAGAUUCUCUUCCAGCAGAGAAGAGACUUGUCGUCUUUGACAAGAUUUUUGCAGCAUAUCAUGAAGCCAGAAGCAGUAUCCGCAGUGAUUUGGUUACUGCAGCUAAUUCUGAAAAUGUGAAAGAUGAGUUAAGUGGCCUUGAUAAAGCUAUUGGUGCCAUUUUAGGGCAACGAACUAUUGAACGGAACCAGUUAUUGGUUAGCAUAGCAAAGAGUAAGUUCAGUAAGGUCCGCGAUGAUAAAAAUGAAAAAGUUACGAAGCCUGAAGAGCUUGUGCGGCUGUAUGAUCUCUUAUUACAGAACACUUCUGACCUUUCUGAUUUAGUUAGCUCUGGAAGAGAUAGAAAACCAGAAGAAGUGGCAUUUGCUGAGGAAUGUGAAUUAAAGAGUAUGGUUUUCCGAGCCCAAAGGUGCUUCUACUUAGCCAAAUCAUACAGUUCUUCUGGAAAGCGGACUGAAGCUUAUGCCUUGUUCUCUCGAGCUCGUUCUUUAGCUGAUGCCGCACUGAAGAAACUUCACAGUGUGGAUAUUUCUGAUCAGGUCAUAGUCAAUGAACUGAAAGUGUUAUCCAAUGAGAGUAGAUCCAACAGUUGUAUAGAGCAUGCAAGAGGAAUUAUGGAGGAGGAGAAGGUUCCCGAAAAUCUCUCAAAAAAGAUAUCAGAUAUUUCAUUAAGUGGAAAUGAUAAAAAGCUAGAGAAAUUUCUCAUGGAGAAAUUGGAUUCAUACGAAUCUGCUGUUGGUGAUUCCAACACAAAAGUGGCACCUCGCAUCGAAGUCUUCCCACCUCCCUUCCAAGCAGUACUGCGCAACCCGAUUGUCUUGGAUCUGGCGUAUAAUCUCAUUGAGUUUCCAGCGCUUGACAGUAGGAUGCGAAAAGAUAAGAAGGGAGGCUUCAUUAGCAGAUUUUGGGGUUGAGUUUCCAUUUAUACUGUCUCUAAUUUGGAAUAAUAUCCAGGAUUUCCCCCCUUUUUUAGAACUGCAGUUUGCCAUAUCAUAUUUCCAGCGGCUGAAUUUUGGAUUGAUCGCUUGUGACACUUUUUUUCUAGGAUCAGAAAAUUUGAAUUUUCUUAACUCAUGACAAAAGGGAGAGCUUUUAUGUUUGAAGGCUAUAUCAUCUUUUAUGUUUGGA